CAGCCGACCAUCACAACGCCAUCCGACUCGUGGAGAAGCUGAUCGCCCCCUCUCUCUCUAAAUUUCACAUUUCCCUAUUUCCUUCUCUCUCUCUCUCUCUCUCUCUCUCUCUCUCUCUCUCGUUUCUCACUGCAUUCCGAUCCCCAAGAUGAGCAAGGGACCUGGACUUUUCUUCGACAUCGGCAAGAAAGCUAAAGAUCUUCUGACCAGGGACUACAUCUCGGAUCAGAAAUUCUCUGUCUCAACGUAUAGCGAUGCUGGAGUGGUCCUUACCUCCACUGCAGUGAAGAAAGGGGGACUUUCAACUGGGGAUAUUGCAGCAUUGUACAAGUACAGGAAUGUUACAUUUGAUGUUAAAGUUGAUACGGAAUCAAAUAUUUCUACAAUCGUUACAUUAAAUGGAAUAGUGCCAUCCACAAAGACUAUUGCUUCAGUCAAGAUCCCAGAUCAUAACUCUGGCAAGUUGGAGAUUCAAUAUUUCCACGAUCAUGCAACCUUCACCAGUGCAGUUGCCUUGAAUCAAAACCCCAUAGUCGAUGUUUCAGCCACCCUUGGUACUCCAAGCUUUGCCUUUGGUGCAGAAGCAGGAUAUGACACCACUUCUGGUAACUUUACAAAGUAUUCUGCUGGCAUUAGCGUGACAAAACCCGACUCAUCUGCUUCGAUAAUCUUAGGUGACAAGGGAGACUCAAUAAGAGCUUCCUAUGUGCACCAUUUGGAUCAACUCAAGAAGAGUGCUGCAGUGGGAGAGAUUACUCGAAGAUUCUCCACGAACGAUAACACUUUCACGGUAGGCGGGGCGUUUGCUGUCGAUCAUUUGACAGUGGUGAAGGCGAAGCUGAACAAUAAUGGGAAACUUGGGGCACUCCUCCAGCAUGAAAUUGUUCCAAAAUCUUUGUUGACCAUCGCCGGUGAGAUUGACACAAAGGCAUUGGACAGAAUCCCCAAGUUUGGUUUGUCUCUUGCUCUCAAGCCAUAAUUGUUCUAAAAAUUUCUUGUGAAGGGGACUCAAAUUCUUGCGCUGCUCGUGAAAAGAGAGCACUCAAUAAGUAGUUCCACAGAUUCAUAUUUCUUUAGGUCUUCUGAUACUGUGGAUUGUUUGUUACUCCCCCUCCCCUCUAUUUUUGUUGGUUUUUCCUUUUUAGGCUUUGGAGGCAUUUUGUCAUUUUGACAAUCCGUAACUUCUUAAAUCGGAGAGAGUUAAUGAUUUCGAUUUCAAACGUUUCAA